AUGGCGAGCUUCUCCCGUCCAGUCGCCUCGAGCAUUGCCGGGGUUGGCUUUACCGUCUAUUCCGAUGAAGAGAUCAAAAAGCUAUCGGUGAAAAGAAUUCACAAUACCCCGACAUUGGAUUCUUUCAACAAUCCAGUUCCUGGUGGUCUCUAUGACCCUGCGAUGGGCGCUUGGGGUGAUCAUGUUUGUACUACAUGUCGUCAGAAUUCUUGGUCAUGCACUGGCCAUGCUGGUCACAUUGAACUUCCGGUUCCCCUCUACAAUGUCACUUUCUUCGAUCACAUCUAUCGCCUUCUUCGCGCGCAGUGUGUAUACUGUCAUCGCCUGCAGAUGUCUCGUGCGCAUGUUAACAUGUAUACCUGCAAGCUGCGCCUCUUGCAGUAUGGACUUCUUGAUGAAGUAGCCAUCGUUGAUGCCAUGGGGACGAACAAAGGAGGCUCAUCCAAGGCUGCUAAGGGCAAUGGUGACGACUCUGAAGACGACGAGGAUGACAUUGACAGUAUCAUGGACAAGCGGACUGACUACGUUGAACUGUCUAUCCGGGAGGCCAAAAAAGAUGGGAGACUCAGCGGCUUAAUGGCAGGCGGAAAGAACCCCAUUGCCGCAGAGCAAAGGCGAGAGUUGGUCAAAACCUUCCUCAAGGAUAUCAACAGCUACAAGAAAUGUACUAACUGCAGCGGUAUCUCUCCCUCGUACCGAAAAGAUCGUUAUAACAAGAUCUUCAAGAAAGCUCUCCCUGAAAAGUCGAAACAAGCCAUGUUGAAUGGCGGAUUCCAGGCCCCCAACGCCCUUAUGCUUCUUGAUUCUGACAAGGCAAACUCAAAGACGAACGGUACUCGCUCUGGAAGUGAAGCCUCAGAAACACAUGGAGCCGAGGAAGAAAUUCGCCGUGGCGCUGCUACCGCUCAAAAGUCUACUUUUGGCCAAGAGUUCAUGACCUCUGCGGAGGUUUAUAGCUGCUUGAAACUACUUUUCGCGAAGGAUAGUGAAGUCUUACAGCUUGUCUACAAUUCCCAGCCUGUUCCGAAGGGGGCAACCGUGGUUAAUGCCGACAUGUUCUUUAUUAGAAGCCUUCUCGUUCCGCCAAACAAGUACCGCCCAGCUGCUGCACAGGGCGCAGGCGCGGUCAUGGAAGCGCAACAAAAUACCAUUUUCAAUGCCAUUCUUAAGCGAUGCGAUACCGUCAACCAAAUCAGCAAGGAAAUCCAGAACCAGACCGAAAAUGAAAGCAUUCGUAUCCGAAACUACAGUGAUUUGCUUCAAACCAUCGUUACACUUCAGGACGAUGUCAACGGUCUGAUCGAUAAGGAACGGACCUCUGUGACUGGUUCAGCUGUUGUAUCUUUACCUAAUGGUGUCAAACAACUUCUUGAAAAGAAGGAGGGUUUGUUCCGAAAGAACAUGAUGGGAAAGCGUGUCAACUUCGCUGCCCGUAGUGUCAUUUCGCCUGAUCCGAACCUUGAGACGAACGAGAUUGGUGUGCCUCUUGUGUUCGCUAAGAAGCUGACCUUCCCCGAACCCGUCACCCAACACAAUUUUUGGGAAUUGAAGGAGGCUGUGAUUAAUGGCCCUGACAAGUACCCGGGUGCUGCCGCAAUCGAGAAUGAGAAUGGACAAGUUGUGAACCUGAAGUUCAAGAGCUUGGAUGAACGUACGGCCCUUGCUAAUCAGCUUCUGGCACCAUCCAAUUGGCGUCUGAAGGGAUCACGGAACAAGAAGGUGUACCGCCAUCUCACCACCGGCGAUUAUGUCUUGAUGAACCGUCAACCCACCCUUCACAAACCGUCUAUCAUGGGCCACAAAGCUCGUGUCCUUCCAAAUGAGCGGACUAUUCGCAUGCACUACGCCAACUGUAAUACUUACAACGCUGAUUUCGACGGUGACGAAAUGAACAUGCAUUUCCCACAAAAUGAGCUUGCUCAAGCAGAAGCUCGGAUGUUAGCCGAUGCUGACCACCAGUACUUGGUUGCCACCUCCGGUAAACCUCUGCGAGGUCUUAUUCAAGAUCAUAUUUCCAUGGGAACGUGGCUCACUUGUCGGGAUAGCUUUUUCGACGAGGAAGAUUAUCAUCAACUUCUUUACAGUUGUCUGAGGCCCGAAAACUCACACAUUGUCAGUGAUCGAAUUGAACUUGUGGAGCCCGCUUUUGUCAAGCCCAAGUACUUGUGGACAGGAAAACAGUUGAUUACCACAAUUCUGAAGAACAUCAAGCCCCCACAGCGUGCUGGACUUACCCUCAAGGGCAAAUCCUCGACUCCUGCCAACCGUUGGGGGGAGGGCAGUGAGGAAGGCGAUGUUAUCUUCAAAGAUGGAGAGUUCUUGUGCGGUAUUCUUGACAAGAAGCAGCUUGGUCCAACUGCUGGUGGUCUUAUCGAUGCUGUCCAUGAGAUUUAUGGCCAUACCGUUGCUGGAAAGCUCAUGAGUAUUCUUGGUCGUCUUCUCACCAGAUUCUUGAACAUGCGAGCAUUCACUUGUGGUAUUGAUGAUCUCCGAUUGACUAAAGAGGGUGAUCGUAUGCGCAAAGAGAAGCUGAGCACAGCAGCCCAAAUGGGUCGCGAAGUUGCACUGAAAUACGUCACGCUGGACAAGACAGCGGAGAAGGAUGAUACCGAAUUAAAUCGCCGGCUGGAGGACGUGCUCCGUGACGAUGACAAGCAAAGUGGACUGGAUAGCGUCUCUAACUCUCGGUCCGCUCAACUCUCUUCGGAUAUCACCAAGGCCUGUCUCCCUGCCGGUCUUGCUAAGCCCUUCCCGUGGAAUCAAAUGCAGUCUAUGACAAUCUCUGGUGCCAAGGGUUCCGGCGUCAAUGCCAACCUUAUUUCCUGCAACUUGGGACAACAAGUUUUGGAAGGUCGUCGUGUACCGGUCAUGAUCAGUGGUAAAACUCUUCCAUCCUUCCGAGCCUAUGAAACUCACCCUAUUGCCGGUGGUUAUGUCUCUGGUCGUUUCUUGACUGGUAUCAAGCCACAGGAGUACUACUUCCACGCCAUGGCUGGUCGUGAGGGUUUGAUUGAUACUGCUGUUAAGACUUCCCGUUCCGGUUACCUGCAGCGUUGUUUGAUUAAGGGCAUGGAGGGACUGAGAGCCGAAUAUGACUCCUCCGUUCGUGAAGCGUCGGAUGGAUCUAUUGUUCAGUUCCUGUAUGGUGAGGAUGGUCUCGAUAUCACUAAGCAGGUCCAUCUUAAUGACUUCGGAUUCCUUGCGGAGAACUAUGAAUCUAUUCUCGAGCAAGUUCAAUCUCACCAAUACGCCAAUCUGGCAAAGGAGGAGGUCUCCACAUGGCAUAAGGACGCUAUGCGGAAGGUGCGCAAGACCGGAAAGGUUGAUGCUAUGGACCCUGUUUUGGCCCAUUACCCUCCAGGUGGUAACUUGGGCAGUACAUCCGAGGCAUUUGCCCAGGCACUCAAGAAGUACACCGACAGCAACCCUGACAACAUGUUCAAGGAGAAGAAGAAGGAGCUGGAAGGAAUCGAGAAGGUGGUGGAUGGGUUCAAGAAGAAGUUCCCUAAGAAGACAUUUGAUGCUUUAAUGAACAUGAAGUAUAUGAAGUCUAUCAUCGACCCUGGCGAGGCGGUCGGUAUCAUGGCCGGUCAGUCUGUCGGUGAACCGUCGACACAGAUGACAUUGAACACUUUCCAUUUGGCUGGUCACUCCGCAAAGAACGUCACCCUGGGUAUUCCCCGUCUUCGUGAAAUUGUCAUGACUGCCAGUGCUUCGAUUAUGACCCCUACCAUGACCCUCCUUCUCAACGAAGAAAUCCCCAAGGAUGACGCUGAGAAGUUUGCUAAGGCUAUUAGCAAACUCACUAUCGCCGAGGUGGUGGAUAAGGUUCAAGUGAGGGAACGAAUUGGUGCGGGUGUCGGCCAUGCUAGAGCCAAGAUUUACGAUAUUGACAUUAAUUUCUUCCCUGCUGAGGAGUACGUCAAGGAGUAUGCUAUCCAGACCAGGGAUGUCCAAAACGCCUUGCAGAGCAAAUUGAUUCCCCGUCUUGUCAAAGUCACAAGAGCGGAGUUGAAGAAGCGAAAUGAGGAUAAGACUGGAACCAAGUCCUCAACUGCCCAGCCACAGAUCGGUGUCUCAGUCGGUAAAUCCGCAGACGGCCCUGAUGGUACCGAGCGCGCGGCCGAGCAGGCCGAGGACGAUAAUGAGGAUGACGAGGAUGACGCCAAGAGAUCUCGUGGAACUCACAACAGGAGCAACCAAAUCUCCUACGAGGCCCCGGAUGAUGAUGAGCAAAACAUCAUUAGACAGCAGGACUCUUCGGAUGAUGAGGAGGAAGAGGAGACUACCAAGACCUCUCAGUCAAAGGGUGAUGUAAGCAUGAAUGACGCCGAUGACUCAGACGAUGAGGACGACGAAGACAGCAACAUCCGAGAGGACGACGUCAAGAGCAAGUUUGAGGAGAUCACCAAAUUCAAAUUCGAUCCCAAGAAUGGCAACUCGUGCUCCAUUCAACUGCAGUAUGACAUCGAGACACCUAAGCUUCUGCUCCUUCCCCUGGUUGAGGCUGCCGCACACCACGCGGUGAUUCAGUCUAUCCCUAGCUUGGGUAACUGUGUCUUCGUCGAGGCCGAUCCCCUUAAGGGUGAACCCGCCACAGUUCUUACCGAGGGUGUCAAUCUGCUCGCUAUGCGUGAAUACCAGGAUGUCAUCAAGCCACACUCGAUCUACUGUAACUCCAUCCAUGACAUGCUUCAUUACUACGGAGUCGAGGCUGCUCGUGCUACUAUUGUUCGCGAAAUGGAUGCCGUUUUCAAGGGUCACAGUAUCUCCGUUGAUAACCGUCAUUUGAACCUGAUCGGUGAUGUGAUGACCCAGUCUGGUGGCUUCAAGGCUUUCUCCCGUAACGGCCUGGUCAAGGACGCUACCUCAGCAUUUGCCCGCAUGUCCUUCGAAACUACCGUCGGUGCUCUCAAGGAAGCUGUCCUUGAGCGUGAUGUCGAAAACCUGAAAGGCCCCAGUGCGCGCAUUGUUGUCGGCCGUUCUGGUACUGUUGGAACGGGUGCGUUUGACGUGCUCGCUCCAGUUGCAUAG